AUGUCCGGGAAACGGAGCCGAGCUCGAAAAUCUCGAGCCAGGAGGGCAGGCAGGGCACAGCAGGCCACAGAGCCGCAGGGCCCUGAGGCCAAGCCCCCGCCCCCCGACGCAGGGGGCCCUCUGGAAGAAACAGGGGUGGCCCCUUUGGGGCACGUGACCAACAGCCAGCCAGCUCCCCAGGAACAUCCCAAGGUGGCCAGGCCAGAGCAGCCACAGGCAGCAGAGAGGCCAGGGCAGGCCGCUGCUCUGGGGUCUGAGCUGGUGAUAGUCCCCACUGCGGACAUGGAAGACUGCCGGCCUGGGGGCCUCCCGCUGAGCCUGGGCCCUGAGCUGCUGAGGCUCCACGAGGUCCAGCUGUGCCUGGCCCAGGAGCAGCUGCUGCUGGAGGACCGUCGAAGGCAGGUCCAGCUGCAGAUGCAGCUGUGGCAGGAGGAGCAGCUGUGGCGGGAGCAGCUGUGGCAGGAGGAGCAGCUGUGGCUGCAGCAGCUACAGGAGGAGCAGGCCUGGGUGCGCAUGGAGGGACUGGAGCUGGCCAUGGCCCUGGAGCAGCUCCAGAGCGAGGGCCUUGAGGUGCUCCAGACCCAAGGCCAGGAAGGCUCCCGCCUCAGACGCGGCUGGGGCUAUUUGGGAGACUAG